CACCAUAGGAAGGGGAAGAGGAUAGUAGAACUUGGAAGUCGAAGUGAAAAGCAAAAUGGAAGAUUAUUCUGAUUCAUAAAAGAACGUACUAUAGAUUGAUCUCAAGUUUAUUUUUGGCAAAAAUCAUAAUAUUUUUUUGAUCAAAUGUUUAAUACAGGGGGUAAAAAUGGUUAAAUAAAAUAGUACGAGACAUGCUUGUCAAUGAUCAUAAUAUAUAGGGACAUAUUUGUUAAACAAUAUACUAUAGGGACUAAAACAUAAAAAAAAAUUGAAACGGCCCGGCCGAGCCAUCUGAAAUGUUUCCAGACAGAAAGCCAGAACCAGAAACGCCUGUAAGUUGGGCGUAAAUGCUGCGGACGUUUCGAUUUUCUCGCGCCAUACCUCCCGCCAGGCCUCUCUGGUUAUCCAACUCCAUCGCACCAUCGAGUAGCGAGCGGCCGUCCGUUCGCCAAGCUUCAGGUGCUCGGAUUCACACCGCCGGUCUUCGAAUGGAGAAGAAGAAUUUCGAAGACGAAGCUGGAGACAGAAGCAUAAAAAAAAGCAGCGGCGCCGCCAGGUUCAAGGCGGAUGUCAAUUCCAUGCAGCGACUCCUCAGCUCCGACUCUUCUGGUGGUUGGGAGAAGUGCUGGGAGCUAGGUCUGACUCCAUGGGACUUGGGACGAGUGACUCCAGUGAUCACGCAUCUUCAUCAGGCUGGGGUCCUCCCUAAGGGCAGAGCUCUGGUUCCCGGAUGUGGCACUGGUUAUGAUGUGGUGGCUAUGGCAUGUAGUGAACGUUAUGUGGUUGGACUUGAAAUCUCCGACAAGGCAAUCGAGAAAGCAAAUGAGUUAUUUUCAGCUAUGCCCAAUGCGAACUACUUCAAAUUCCUUAAAGCUGACUUCUUCAACUGGAAUCCAUCUGAGAAGUUUGAUCUCAUAUUCGACUACACGUUCUUUUGUGCAAUUGAACCAGAGAUGAGACCAGAAUGGGCCCAAAAAACCAGUGAGCUGCUCAAACCAGAUGGGGAGCUACUAACUCUCAUUUUCCCUAUAGAUGAUCACGUAGGGGGGCCUCCAUAUAAAGUUUCAGUUUCCGAUUAUGAAGAGGUGUUGCAUCCUAUGGGCUUUAAGGCAGUCUCGAUUGUUGAUAAUGAAAUGGCUGUUGGACCCCGAAAGGGAAGAGAAAAGCUUGGAAGAUGGAAGAGACCUGCAAGGCCGUCAUCGUCGUUGUGAUAGAUUAAAAGAUGGGUUCCCUUUGUUCAUGGUAAAAGUUUCCAGUUGGUCUCUAAUUGUUGAUGGCACAAAAGGUUGUUUGUUUUACCGCAUCAGGAGAAUACACAGAUUGAGUCUGAGGAAUUAUUUGUAUACAAUUGUUUGUCAUCUCUAUGUAUCAGUUACAACUCACAAGUCUCGUUACUAACCUGUCCAGACUCCAGACUAUAAAGGGGAACUAUUCUUUGGCUAAAAAUGGACUACUACCUACAUUGAUAUAAAAUGUAGAUUCGUCAUUAUUGAUAGUAUUCGAGAUGAUGAAAUUGUUUAUCGGUUGAUAAAUCUUUAUUAUUUAGGGUGAAAUAGUCAAACUUAUAAUUCAGCUUCAAUUUGAUUGGAAUAUUGUUAUCAAUCAAAUCUUAUAGUUUAGUCAUGUCCUCGAUACGAUCCAAAGUCAAUCACUAAUCAACGAGUUUGAUCCUCAUAGUUCUUUACUCUCCCUUUUUCAACAUUUUUUUAUUAUAAUGAAAAAUUCAUUAAAAG